GCGGAAAGCACGCCAACAAGUGAGAGGGAGGAAAGGAAGCGAAGGAUGAAGGCACGCCGAGCGAAUAAUUAGAGGAAUGAGUAGUGAUAAGGAAUCGCUGCAUUCGCUGGACGAGGCGAGGCACGCCGGCCAGAAAGGAAGAAUAUGCUUGACCAGCGCGGCGGCGGUGGUGGAGCCGCUUGGCGGCGUCACAGGAUUUUUUUUUCCAUUCUCCUUUGAACUCCUUUUUGGACUCCUUUACGACCGAUGCUGUCGCACGACAGCACACACUCUGACACGAUCUGCCUUCGCCUUCGGCCACGAGGCCUUGUUUCAAUCUGGGGGAGUCGGUCAGAGUCGGUACAGGUCACCGCCCUGGUCAUGCUGACACUCGGGGUCGCCUCCACGGCCGAGAAGGCCACUGCCACGGCGAUGGCAUCCUCCUCCGCGACCGACGGGGCGCUUUCCGACCAGGCGGCGGCAACUUCCUCGCACCACGACGCGCCGCAGCCGCAGCCCGAGCCCAACUACCACUACCGCUACGCCGUGGCCUCGCGCAAGACGGGCGACGUGAAGGGCGCGUGGGAGAAGCGCGCCGGCGAGGACGUCUGGGGGGCGUACUUCCUGCGUGACCCCGACGGCCGCUGGCGCACCGUGCACUACGAGGCCGACGGCACCGGCUUCUACGCCACCGUGCAGCGCAGGCCGCUCUACCGGCGCGGCAAGCUGGUGCAGCAGCAGGGCGAGCUGCACGGCAACACGGCGCUGCCCCUGGACGACGCCACCUGGAAGUCCGUGCUCGCCGCGGCCAAGCACAGCGCGCGCGAGGACAACCACCCCGCGCUGCAGAAGGCCAAGGUGGCCGGUGGCAUGGAGGGCGCGGCGUCGGUGUCCUCGUACUCCACCACGAGGGCGCCGGGCUACGGAUAUUCUAGUCCAGCCGCGUCGGUGACCUCGUACUCCACCACGAGGGCGCCGGGCUACGGAUUCUCUAGUCCAGCCGCAUCGGUGACCUCAUACUCCACCACGAGGGCGCCGGGCUUCGGGUUCUCCAGACCAGCCACGUCGGUGACCUCGUACUCCACCACGAGGGCGCCGAGCUUCGACUUCGGAUUCUCCAGCCCGGCAGCUUCGUCGUACUCCACAACGAAGGCGCCAGGUUUCGGCUUCGCCAGAUCGCCGAACUUCGCCAAGCAGCCGUUGAGGCCUCCCCGCGAGCAGUCGACGUUGGGCGCGUCGGCGUUCUCCGCCUCCUACAGGUCGCAGCCGCUCCGCGCCAACCGCACCCCGCCGUCUUACUCGUCGGCCUACGCCAGCCAGCCCCUGCAGCAGCAGGAGCAGGUGGAGGAGGACGCCGACGAGACGACGACCAUCACGCCCUCGGCCGACUCGUAUUCGAACCAGGAGGAGGCCGACGAAAGCCAGCAGGCGCCCGCGCAGACUUCCGAGGACGCCGACGGCGACGCGGAGCAGUUCGCUGAGCCACACGGCCCGGCGUCGUCCGAGCCGUACCGCGCCUCGGCCUCGGACGACGUGCAGCAGCACCAGGAGGACGAGUCCAGCAACGAGGCGGCCCAGGACGACGACGAGGAGGACGACGUCAAGCAUCGCGAUGAGGAGAGCGACGACGGCGAGCACAACCCUGACGACGACCACGAGAUAGUCCCGGAGCAGGCGCGGCAAGGCAGUCAGGUGCGCCACGACCACGAGGCCCUGCAAGUGGCGCCGGAGUCGCGCCUCCCGCUGCUCCACGUCCACCACCUGCAGGAGUCACAGCAGCUGCAGUCGCCGCAAGUGCGGGAGCCGGGGCUGGCCGACACGUCCAUGGACCACUUGCUGGGGCCCGCCUGGGGCAUCGUGUCCAGCCACAGCUCGCUGUUCGAAGGCCAGGACUUCCCCCUGUUCGGCGGCCAGGACCUCCGCAGCGAGGAGACGCCGCAGGACACGCAGGACUCGCCGACGUGGACGCAGCGGGAGCGCGCGGACCGCAGCAAGGGCAGACGGGCCGCGGCGCAGGGCUCGCAGAGCCCGGUGCAGAGUGACGCCGCCCAAGGACGCCAGAGAGGCGCUGGCUCCGAGCGCGGCGAGCGCGGCGCCGGCCGGUUCUCGGGGUCGUUGCGCGCCGGCGCGGCGUUCGGCUCCAGCGACCGACUUCGCGGGUCCGCCGACCCCAGCGACAAGGACGCCGCAGCGCCGUCGACCGAGGCGACGUGGUCCUUUGGCUCCAAGGUGCGCGGCAAGGAGGACCCGACCUACCAGCAGGCGCCAGCGUCGCCGUCGAAGCGCGGCAAGAACCAGAACAGGGGCCCCGUGCUGUUCGCGCAGCACGCGCAGCAGGUGGAGGCGUCCACCCCGGCCGGGGACAGGAGGCUGCCGCCGAGGGGGUACGCGGCGUACGCGCUGCAGGAGGACAAGGUCGCCUGGCAGCACUCGCGCGCGCGCCCGGUGUCCUACUCGGGCUGGGUGCCCGUCACCGCGUCGCUGCAGGCCGCCGACUCCUACAGGGACCCGUCACCCGGAAGGUUAAUUUUAAGAAAAUAA